GAAAUCUGGGACAGUCCACUACUUGAAACAGCCAACGGUGAGGAUGCUUUAGUCGCUGUCCUGAGAUGGAACCCAAACUACAAUUAACUAAGAUUAAAAGGCCAAACCGCUUAACAUGUCAAUGUAAUGUCAAAGGAUCAUAUUGAGUCGGCUGAUAUGAACGACGGCGAGAAUGUAAGGGUUGAUGCUCCCAUGGAGAUUCCUAAGAUCUCAAAGCUUGACAGGCGAAUUGCUGAACCGAGGAUGAAGAAGAAGAGAACGAAAGCUGAGUCUCUCACAUCUCUUAACAAUCUCGAUGAUGGUUGCCUCAUGCACAUCCUCAGCUUCCUAUCUCCAAUUCCAGAUAGGUAUAACACAGCACUCGUUUGCCACAGAUGGAGAUACCUGGCGUGUCACCCUCGCUUGUGGCUACGCGUUGACCGUUUUGUGAAGGAUCUACCCCAGCCUGGAGUUUUCCACGACAUUGAGUCGGCCGUAUCUGCAGCGAGACCUGGUGAUACCAUUUUGAUAGGAGCUGGUGGGAAUCAUCUCGUUUCUAAUAUUCAGAUUAAAAAGCCUCUUUGCCUGGUAUGUCUUAUCAUAUAUAGUCUAGUCUAACUAAUAGAUGUUUCUUGGGAGUUUGUUUUUUGCAUUUCUAUGAUAUACGUGUUUCGAAAGCUUUCUCUAGGAGUAAGCAAUGUGUAUGUUUUAAAUUUUCAACAGAAUCGCAAAAAGUAGUAAAUUAGUUUUUCUAACUUCAUCCAAGUAUAUAAACCAAUGUUUAAUAUCCAAAAACAUGUGAACGAAUAGCCACCUCUCUACUAUUGAUGAGAGGAUGGAGAUCCAUUCCGUGCGAUAGCUCUUGGUAUGGGAGAUACAUUGAGGGGCUGUUUGUUUCACCAUCUGCCAUCUCCAUCCAAAUGAUUCAUUUGUAUGAUCUAUUCAAAUGACCCAUUCAGA